AUAUAUUAUUUUUAUUUAUUUUUGCACAGCUAGUAGGUCUGGCAACACAAACUUAUCUAUCAGUAACUUUUUAUAUAAACUAUCCAAACAGGAGUCAUAAAGAACAAAAAGACAAACAUACAUAAUAAAUCACAAUCCGAUCAUGAUGCUGCCACCACCAUGCUUUACAUCAUGAUGCUGCUACUAUCAUGCUUUACAUCAUGAUGCUGCCACCGCCGUGCUUUACAUCAUGAUGCUGCCACCGCCGUGCUUUACAUCAUGAUGCUGCCACCACCAUGCUUUACAUCAUGAUGCUGCCACCGCCGUGCUUCACAUCAUGAUGCUGCCACCACCAUGCUUUACAUCAUGAUGCUGCUACUAUCAUGCUUUACAUCAUGAUGCUGCCACCGCCGUGCUUUACAUCAUGAUGCUGCCACCACCAUGCUUUACAUCAUGAUGCUGCCACCGCCGUGCUUCACAUCAUGAUGCUGCCACCACCAUGCUUUACAUCAUGAUGCUGCCACCACCAUGCUUUACAUCAUGAUGCUGCCACCACCAUGCUUUACAUCAUGAUGCUGCCACCACCAUGCUUUACAUCAUGAUGCUGCCACCGCCGUGCUUCACAUCAUGAUGCUGCCACCGCCAUGCUUCACAUCAUGAUGCUGCCACCACCAUGCUUCGAAUCAUGAAGUUGUUUUGUGAUGAUUUGCAGUAUUUGUUGUCCAUCAAAGAAGCGUCUACUCUGAUGACCAAAAAGCUCAAUUUUAAAACCUUCUUCCAGUUGGCUUCAGAGUCUCCACAUGUCUUCUGGUGAACUCUAGUCCAGAUUUAAUAUUAGGUUUUUCCAACAGUAUCUUUCUCUUUGUCUCCAUAAAACUUUGACCGGUGAAGAAAAGUAAACGGUUGUUGCAUGAACAGACUCUACCAUCUCAGCUGCUGAAGCUUGGAACUCCUGCAGAGGAGUCAUAGGUGUCUUGGUGGCCUCCAUCAUUAGUCUUUAGUUGCCCAGUUGUAAAUUUUUUGAGGCAGAUUUACACAUUUUAUAUUCCUUCUAUUUCUUAAUGAUGAAUUUAAGUUGGUCUUCUGACUGAUGCUUUCCAUUAACUUUUUCUCAGAGUUUUUUGAAGUGUUCUUCAGGCUUCAUGGUGUCAUUCUAUUCAGGAGUAUUGAUCCGUCAGUGAUUGGACCUUCCAGAUACAGGAGUCUUUAUACUACAAUCACUGAGACACUUUCACUGCACUCAGAUGAUCUCCAUUUCACUAAUUUAGUCAUCAGUUGGCUGCAAUUGUGUUGAAUUAGGUGAGUCAGUCACUGAUUUUACAUUUCAUACUUUUAUUGACCUAAAAUCUGUUUUUACUUUGACAUGAAAGAGUCUUUUGGUUACUUUUCAUACGCUUUGGGAACUGGUUGGUUUUGCAAAUUGACAUCCCUGAGGUUUCUCCACAUAAAACAGGGCUAAUAAAUGAUAACUUUAGAGGUGCCAAAUGGAAUUUUACAGGUCAGAACAUCAGGUAAACUGCAGGUUCGGACAUUAUAGCUGCUCUUAGCUCACAUGUUGAGGGUCAGGGGCUGCUUUUUGUCUCACUCAUCCCCAAAGAUGAGUUUCUGCUGACCGGUUCCUUCCUGUUUCAUCAGUGGGGACCAGAUUUGCUGACCGGUUCCUCCAUGUUAACCAGAAAACUGAGGCUACUCAGACAAUAGUGUUCAGACAGGAUGAGCAGCAAGACGAGGAGGGAGCAGUUGAAAGGGUCAGCGAGCGACAAACUGCUGACGGUCCAGAGAAGCCGUAGGAACACCAGGUCCAGAGAGCAGAUCCCAUUAAUCAGGGUGAAUCGCAGCCAACACAAACGUUCCUGUGUUCCCUCCAUGUGACGCUGACCUCGGUUUUAACCUCACAUGUCCCUGAAGCAAGGAUACAUCUGGGCUCAGUCAGCUGCUGCAGCUUCCCCAAUAGCAUCAUUUUAUCCGACGGAUGCACUUGCUACUUGUGAUGCACCUGUCCUCAAGUCUCAAAUAAAACGCCACUUAUUUGCUCACGUUUGGAGAACGUUGAGAUUAUGUGAUGAUGAGGAUGUCCGUGGUAAAGAGCCCUCUUCCUCAGUGGAUUUGAUGUGCCACAGGCCUCCCACCUUCAACUAUACCCUUCACGGCUCAGAGGGGGGGCUUCCUAGCAUUGUUCUCAGCUAUGUGGGGCCUAUUCUUUUACUGCUUUCAUACCAAUCCUACCAGCUGAACACAUGCAGGAUCACAUAAAGUCAUUCACAAAAAGCAGCUCACAUCUCAGAGUGGAGGUAAACUACAAACAUGCUUGUUUUUCCAGUGAAACCGAAACUACCUGGGAUCCAGUACAGGUGGAUGAUGUUACUGUGAGGAAAGCAAACACGAAUGAUUUUUUUUUUUUUUUACCGGCAUUUGUCACAUGGCUUUAGGGAUGCAGCAGAGGAAGUUUUCAGAUCCUUUUGGUGAAGUAGAAGUACUGAUACUACACUGUAAAAAUGCUCCAUUAGAAGUCCUGCAUUGUAAAAAAAAUAUGUAAGUAUAAUCGGGUAGAUGCAGGAAAAAAGGGUUUCUGUCAUAGAUAUCCUGUUGUAUAUUGCAUAAUAUUAGAUUAUUACUCAUGUAUAAACUAAGAAGUUUUCUUUACUGUCAAAUGACUAAUCUUGUUAGCCGUGCUCUCACUAUUUGGUAAUUCAGUAUAUUUGGUUUGAAAAAAAUGUACAUUUUUGUAAAGUACAAAAAGGUAUCAUGAAAUGAUUAUGAUGAAGUAAAAACUUAAAAAAAAAAAAUCUCUGAGAAGUAAUUGAGUAAAAGUACAAUGCAAACAAAAUUCUUAAGUAACUAUGACCUCAAAACUGCAGUUAAGCCAAAAGUUAGUUUUGUUCAGUAGUCGUCCCAAAGUAGCCAAAUAAAGAUGGUUAAAUUGUAAACAUUACAUUUGGCUAAUAUUAACAUGUUAGCAGUGUCCUUUUAACGCAUUAGCAAGACAUUAGCAUUUUCUUACUGUGAGUGUGUUAAUUCGCUCACAACAAGCCUGUUUAUGUGACAUUUAGCUUUAUGUUAGCAUGACUUAAGUAUUUAGCUCACUCCGAGUGUGUUAGCAUGGCAUUAAUAUUAGCUCAUCGUAAGAACGUUAGCAUGACUCUAGCAUUUAGCUCAUUGUGCCUGUAUUAAAAGGACUUUAAGGUUUACCCCACAGCAAGUAUGCUAAUAUGACAAACAUUUAGCUUGCUGCCAAUGUGUUAGUAUGACUUUAACAUUUAGCACAUUGUGAGUGUGUUGCAUGAUUUUGCAAUUUAAAUGUCUGUGAGUUUGUUAGCAUGAAUGUAGCAUUUAGCUCAGUAUAACUGUUAGCAUGAAUUCAACAUUUAGCUGCUUAUCAGGAGUAUGUUUGCAUGAUUUUAACAUUCAGUACACUACUAGUGUGUUAGCAUGGCUUUAGAGUUUAGCUCACUGUUACUUUGUUAGCAUAAGUUUAAUGUUUAGCUCAUUCUGAGGGUGUUAGCAUGUCUUUAUGUUUUGAUCCCUCUCUGAAUGUUUAAUACUCUCUGUUACAGUCACUUAGCUCACAGCUUAUGUAUUAGCGUGAUUAUAAUAUUUAGCUCACCAUGAAUGUUAGCAUGACUUUAUCCUUUAGCCUACAUUGAGUAUAUGAACAUGACUAACAUGUAGCUUCCUGUUUGUGUGUCAGCAUGAUGUUAACAGAUAGCAUACCGUGAGUGUGUAAGCAUUACUUUAGAAUUUAGCUCACUCUUAGUGUGUUAGCAUGACUAAUAUGUAGCAGCUUACAGCAAGUCUGAUUGCAUAACUUUAGCAUUUAGCGUACUGUGAGUUUGUAAGUAUGAGUUAAAUGUUUAGCCCUUUGUGAAUAUGUUCGCUCAACUUAAAUAUUUACCUCACCGUGAGUGUUAGCAUAACUUUAACAUUUAGCACUCUGUUAAUUCAUUAGCAUGACAUUAACAUUUAGUGAGAAUAAUAGCAUUACUUUAAUAUAUAGCAGCUCAUCGCGAGAUUCUAACAUUUAGCUCACUGCUCAUGUGUUAGCAUAACUUUACAUCACAUUUAGCUAACUGUGGAUGUUAGCUCUCCGUUAGCCUGCCAGGGUGGAUUUAAACGCUAACUGUUUGGUUUGUUACAAAUCCCAGAAAUAUAGGAAAGAUACAAGACGCUUGGUUAAAUUAAAAAGGCAGGUUUUUUUUUUUUUUGCAGCAACAUAUUACCAGCAAAAUACAGAAUUAAUUAAGACAUUGUAAUUAAAUUAAACAUUCAUUAAUGUCAGUCUGUGCAUAUUUUGGGUUGCAGGAGGCUGGAGCUAAUUCCAGCUGACAUUGGGUAAAACAGUACAAUGGUAUUUAGCUUGGAGUCAUUAGAUAUAAAAUCCCAGCUUUUAGGAUAUUUACUGCAGUUAUACAUCCUCUGUAGCUGAGUGGGAUGUCUCUGGACUGAGCUCCACUCCCAGUCCUCUGAGGACGUCCUGUUGGAUCCAUCUGAGUUCUAGGAAGUGGGAGAGUAGAAACUGGAGGCUGGUGAUCCUGAGAUAGUCUUGAGAAGCAGAGCUGGAAGGAUUCAUAAUCUGUCUGCUGAAAACUGAGAACUGUCCAGAAGACAGCGAGGCCUCAGACCUGCUCUCUUCACCUGCAGCAGUCAGAACAUAGCGAGAACAUGAGCGCCGACCUGCACAACCACUCGCUGGACUUCCUGAACGGGACGCCAUGGUUCGUCUUCGAGUGCACCAUCCAGCUGGACGCCAACUACCGCCGCAUCGCCCUCUUCCUCAUCUACCUGUUCAUCUUCGUGGUGGGGCUGCUGGAGAACCUGCUGGUCGUCUGGGUCAACUGGCGCCGGCGCCACUCGGCCAACGGCGUCCUGUUCUGCAUCAUCAACGUGAGCCUGUCGGACCUGAUGGUGAUCGUGAUCCUGCCCUUCUUCAUGAUGGAGGUGACCAUGGACAAGGUGUGGCUGUGGGGCCGCUUCCUCUGCAAGGUCACCAACCUCAUCUACGUGGUCAACUUCUACAGCAGCUCCUUCUUCCUGGCCUUCAUGACGCUGGAGCGCUACCUAGCGCUGAGCCGGCCGUCGUCUCCGGCCUUCUUCCCGGUGGCGGGUCGGCAGCGCUGGGUUCUCUGCGGAGGCCUGUGGCUUCUGUCAUUGUUCCUGGCGCUGAUGGAGAACGUCCACGUGGACCUGCUGGAGUGGGAGGAACCGGGCUGCUACAUGCUGCCCGAGCACCACUUCACCGAGUGGUUCGUGUCGGUGGCCUUCCUCUGCCUGCUCUUCCAGUUCCUCGGACCCGCCGCCAUCAUCAUCACCUGCAACGUCCUGAUCGCCCGGGCGGCUCAGACGGCGCCGGACAUCCAGGGCCGCCGGGACGUCUGGCUGGUCCACGUCUACUCGCUGGUGUUCGUGGUGUGCUGGCUGCCUUACCACAUGGUCAUGUUCCUGAUGAUCAUCGACGACCUGGACCCCUACAUCUUCAGCUGCAACACCGUGGAGGUGCUUUACUUCUCCUUCAGCGUGGUCCAGAGCCUCUCUCUGUUCCACUGCGUCGCCAACCCGUUCCUCUACAACUUCCUCAGCAAGAGCUUCAGGAACAACCUGAUCAACACCGUGGUGAACUACAUCCCCAGAGAGGCGGCGCCGGAGGGAGCGGCCUCCAAAGCCAACGGUCCCAACGGAGGAGGAAAUCCGGAGAAGCAGCGCAAGAUCAGCGACGCCAGCACCAGCCAGUCCGACGUCGGAUCGUAAGGAAGAAGCUCAGAAUUCAGUUGGCUUCUGGAGGUUUUAGGGUAUUUUUUGUUUUAAAGUGAAAAUUUGACAGAACUGAGUGAAGCCUUCAGAGCAUCGACUGGGACACCUUCCCCUCAUAAUCCUCUUCCCGUUUUUUAAAAGCAUGUAUCUGAUGGCUGUUUCAAAUGGACGAGGGCAGGAAAUGUUUGAUGAUUUUCCACAAAGCUGCUCAAAUCCCACCGGAACCCGUGGCAUCAUCUGAAAUCUGGCCAAGAAUUGUGCCGCACCAUGUCGAUCCUCAGGGCCAGUGACCCCCUGAUUAACUUAUUCAGCUGUCAGGGAAUCACCGGACCAGCUCUCCAUCCUUCGGGUCCGGUCCUACUGCCCCCUGAGGUCUUACUCAGAGGGAUGCUGCAGGACUGUUAAGCUGGUUGACGAGGAAAAUUCGCCUAGCUGUCUCACUGCCUUCAUCCAGACGCCUAUCCCUGCUUCCUCUGAUAAUUAAUUUAACCGAGUAGCCACUUCGGUAUAGUUAAAUUUAACCACCAGACACACCUGUUAACGGCAGCUUUUCCUCUCAUAGAUCUGGCACUUGGUAAGUUGCUAGGUUUAAUUCAGAGAUUAUGGACAUAUAGACAACCUCUAGGAUAUGUUUAUACUGGGCCAACCUGACCCCUAUGACUAGGUAACCUUUCAGAACCUUUGCUAUUGUUAUGCACGCAGUAAUCUGACUUUUUACAUCCAGAGCUAGAUGUAUAAGUAUUCAUUCAGGGAUAAAAAUAGCACUUGCAAUUUGUUGUCUUUAAUUGCAGAAUAAUGCUUUAUUAAUAUAGUUUUAGCAGGGCAAAAGCAUAGCCAAUAAAUCAUCAGACAGUUAAUCAAACAUCACUAUUCUUUCAAUUGUUUAACACGACUCAUUAGUGGAACUAUGCUUUCAUAAAAGAGAAGUAAUAUUCACCCAGAUUACAUAAUUUGGAGGGAGAGCAGCUCGGUGUGGCCACACCCGGCUGCUCACCUGAGACCCGACAAGUGUUUGAGACCCGCCGGGGCCCAGGGGGAAGUGGACGGGGAUCCGGACCAGAUUUAGAUCUGCAUAUAUCCAUUUUUGUUGUUUGGUCCAGUAUUCCUCACAUGGAAAAUAGAGUUCAGUAAUGUUCCUUCAGACAGCAUUAUUUCCAGAUCACAGUUCAGUAAUCCUCCAACACUGCAGGAAACGCAGUACUUUGGUCCAUAAUUCCAUCAGAACAGUUAUUCCUUUGCAGAUCAUGUUGAAUUCCCUGUCCGAGUUACGUGGUAAUCAUCCCCUGUGCUCAGACUGACGUCUGGAUUGCACCCAGGCAGAUACCCGCAACAAUCUCCCAACUUGCAUCUCGAUCAGAUGCAAUUUAUAGUUUACUGAACCUUAUGCAUAUGCCAUGACUCCAUGAUCUCAUACUAAAUUAACUUGAGCAAUAACUUCAUCUCUACCCCCUCCCAACUCACACACUUGCCCCAUACACUGACCGCAUGAUCACCCCCACUUUUAAGGAACUGAAACUGUCUGUUUUGGACUGUCCAGACAGCCCAUCUUGCCCCCCCUGAUCUCUCCUGUCUGCAACUCAGCACAGGUUCCUGAUCAGGAAAUGGAAAAGCGGAUGUCAGCCUCUAACUGUCGUUGGCAUCCCAUUGUGCAAUCUUUUGGACAAUGUGUACAGACUUAUUAAAAAAUCCCAAUCUAUUCUGAGUUCACUUUAGUCGUGACUUCUCACCUCAUAACAGUAGUCAAAACUCUUUCUAAAACACCUCAGUUUCAUAGUAAUCAAAACUGUUAAAAGCAUUCCCAUUUCAUAAAGCAUAAGUUCCUCUUUUUAGUCAAAUCUGUCAAAAACAUCACUUUUCACAGUGAGCUGCUGUUCUGACCUCUACACUGUUUCAACAUUAAAGAAUGUAAGAAUAGACACUUGGUUAGUUCACACUCAUUCAUUAGGUUAUGGCAUAAUCUGAUCCUAAAUCACAGGUUAUAAUAUCACAAUGUUCCCUUAUUUAGCUGUUGUUCUGUCAGAGUCUCCCCUUUGUGGCUGAUUCUGGGAUCUCAUAUCGCCAUGCUUCACAACAACCAGGAAUGUGUGUAAACAAAUGUGCUGCGGAGUCAAAUCCAUAUAAACAUCAUGCAAAUGUGAAAAUUUAACGGUUUUCCUCACACUACUCAGUGCUUAUGUAUCUGUCUCUGUUUGUUCAAUAAAACUGCCUCCAUCACUGUUUCUCUGCA